UUCAGAGUGCCAUUCAGUAGCUGAGAACCCACAUUCAAUUCAAGUUUCAAUAGCGCAUGACUCACCUGGUCACUCGUUCUCAACUCGCCCGAGUCACGCCGUUCAUUCAUCCUCGUCCCAAACCUUUACCCAAAACAACAAUCCUUCGUUCCCAACCCAAAACCUUCGCCCAAAUCUCAACCAAAACCCUCGCCGUCCGCCACCGAACACAGCCUCUCCUUCGGCCGGCGAUGGACGCUCAACCGCCGGAUUCCGGUGCGCCCGCCGUGGAGGGCGAAGACUUCAUUCACAUCGAGGAUCUGAGGAUGGAGAGCUUGUCGGAGAGCAUGGUUCGAAUCGAUGAGCCCUCGGAUGCCGCCGCUGCUUCGCUUUCUCCUGAAUCCCCGGCGGACUCGGAUCGCCGUCCGGCGGUGCUUCCGGAUGAGCUCUCCAGAAACGUUCUGGUCCUUUCGUGCGAGUCCACCGCUGACGGCGGCGUUUGUGACGUCUACGUGGUCGGCACCGCUCAUGUCUCCGAGGAAUCAAGCAAAGAAGUUCGAGCCAUAGUGGAUUUUCUGAAACCACAGGUUGUCUUCUUAGAAUUGUGCUCGAGUCGUAUCGCAGUGCUUACCAUUCAAAAUUAUAAGGUACCCACUGUGGGAGAAAUGAUUACGAUGUUGAAAAAAAAGCAUAACAUGUUUGGAGUACUCUAUGGCUGGUUCCUUGCCAAGAUUGCUAGUAAGCUCGAGGUCUUUCCUGGCUCUGAGUUUCGUGUGGCAUAUGAAGAGGCAAUCAAGUAUGGUGGCAGGGUGAUACUUGGUGACCGCCCUGUAGAGAUUACAUUAAGGAGAACAUGGAGUAAGAUGCCACUUUGGCAUAAGAUAAAAAUUUUGUACUCUUUAAUCUUCCAAGCAGUUUUUUUACCCAGCUCUGGUGAUCUUAAUAAACUGCUGAAGGAAAUGGAUGACAGCGACAUGCUAACUUUUGUUAUUCAAGAAAUGAGCAAGGAGUUUCCAACUUUAAUGGAGACUCUUGUGCACGAACGAGAUCAAUACAUGUCCUCCACAUUAUUAAAAGUGGCAAGUGAGAACAGCUCAGUUGUUGCUGUUGUUGGAAAGGGGCAUCUACAAGGAAUAAAGAAGCAUUGGAAGCAACCUGUCGUGAUAAAGGAUUUCAUGACAGUUCCAUCUCCCAAACAGGGUAUCUCUGCGCUAAGAAUCUUUACAUCUGUCGGUGUUGCCGUGGCUGGGGUGGCCAUAAUAUCGGGCAUCUAUCUUUCAUGCAAGAAAUGACUUUCCUAGGAGAUACUGUCAUAUACAGGAACGUUGGUAUAUGAAUUGAAAUAUAUAACAGUUGAGUCAAAUGCUAUUAUCAUCAACAAAGAUGGUGCCUAAGCCAAUUAAAUUUUCUUACAUAUCAAAAAUUGCAAUUUUUUUCCUAAAUCUUUCCAUGGAGUUUUGUGAAAUCUUGUUAAUUGUAAAACUAACAUCUUGCUCUGUACUCUGACGCGGUUAUUUUUUGGAGGAUUCCCAUG